AUGUCUCACACCGCCUGGACAUCCGACAGGCUCGCGCCCAAGUCGAGCACCCCGCCCCCGCGGAAUAAGCCAAAGCAGCAGCAGCAGCAGCAGGGCGGGAAGCAAUCAGGGCCACCAAAGAGCGCGGAGGUGAAGAAGCUCGAGAGUCGAGAGGCUGCGCGACGGGCUGCAGAAACGCGCGUGCGCCCGCUCUCGCAGCACACGCCCAUCUGCCGAUCGUGCGCGCUCGUCCUCUACAAAUCAACCUCCCCCAUUCACAUUUCCCACUAUACCACCACCCUCCUCAGCGACGCGGCCCGACCGCCCCGCAUCGACGACACGCCGCCAAGGAGGAGGCAGAGCGCCAGCGCGUUGUCGAGGGGCGCGAGCAGCCCAAGGCGCGUUCCCUACCCUCGGCCCGUCCUCGCGCUCCGGCACUCCCACUCCCCCGCGCAUCUGGCCAACCAGACGCACAAGGUGCUCUCGCUCGACUCGAAGACGCACAAGGUGAAGGUCGCGACGUACACGCCGCCGUCGAUGUCGCGCACGGCGUCGCUGGAGAAGGUCGCGAAGGCGGCCGAGCCGGAGUACACGCGAGUCCCGGCGCCGUCUCCGGAAGUCGUGGUCGCUCGGGCACCACCCAAAGACAGGCCGCGGGCGAACAUGCGCGGGCCCAACGUCACAUACAUGCCACCCACGAGGGUAGUUUGA